AUGUACCUACUUUGGAUAGUCUUCGUAAUCCAUGGAACGGCGUUGAGUUUAUGCGCUGAUCCAAAGAUAGUUUAUAAGUUUAAGAACGUCGAGUGCAGCGCUAACCCGAAACACGUAGAGAACCUCACCUGCUCCAUUAAGGCGGUCGAUUGGAACAAGGCGAUUGUUCAAUUCGACGGUGAUAUCGUUGUGCCAUUGUACAAUUGCUCGGUCCAGUUUGAGGUGUUUAAAAGGGGCUACACCAAUACGUACCAUCCAUUCCUGAUCAAUACUACGUUUAAUGUGUGUGACAUCCUUGCAAAACGAAGCUUCUUUUCCUACGGUAGAAUUUGGGUCAAUCUAGUCAAAGAUUAUACAAAUGCCUACCACACCUGUCCGUUUGAGAAUCAUAUAUUUGUACGGAAUUUCACCAUGGAACCGGGCCUAUUGCCAACUUUUCCUUUAGGCUUUUACCGUUUUACCGCUAAGAUUACUGAGGGCUUUCCCGACAGACCAAGUACCAAACUUGCAUUCGCCAAACUUGAUGCUCAAGUUAUGGAAAUGAUAAAACUAAGGAAGAAACUGAAGGUCAACAGAAAUAAUACAAGUAACCUAUUGUAAGAUGGGAGUAUGAAAUACAAAAACGUAUUUCUCCAUAUUUAACUUACUUAUCGAUGUUUCUAAAUAUGCCUUAACUCUGUAAUAAAGUGUAUUAACCUUUAAAAUCAAAAAAUAAAACUGUGAAG